AUGAAUCCUUCAGUUUCCUUCAUCUUUCUCAUUCUAAUUCCAGCAGUUCUUAUUCACCUGACCUCAGCCUCAGCCCAAGCUGAUGAUAAUUACCACGAACCACCGCCUGAAACCGUUGCCAAGGGUAUCCCCAGUUCAUCUACACGGAAUAUUCCAGCCGACCAGACGCCGCCGGAGAUCUUGCCCAAUUACCUCUCCUUCAACUACAGUCGUAACACUUGUCCAGAUCUCAAGGCAGUUAUUCACAGAAAAGUGAAUGAAUGGAUCCGCAGGGAUUACAGUCUCGCCGCCAGUCUCCUAAGGCUUCACUUCCACGACUGCUCAGUAAGGGGAUGUGAUGCGUCCAUUCUCUUAAAUGAUGGGGGGAGCGAGAGGACGGCCGACGCUAGCAAGACAUUGCAGGGGUUUGAAGUGGUAGAUGGUAUUAAGUUUGAGGCUGAGAAGAAGUGGCCGAAGACGGUGUCGUGCGCGGACAUUCUGACGUCGGCGGCGAGAGAUGCCACCGUGAGAGUUGGAGGUCCAUAUUGGAGGGUACCCUACAGGAGGAAGGACGGGCAAGUUUCUAUUGCCAAGGAAGCCGAAAGGGUGCCCAUGGGUCGAGAAACCAUCACUGAUCUCAUCCAGUUUUAUCAGUCCGAUGGAUUGGAUGCACUGGACUUGCCUGUCCUCUCAGAGAACGUUGAUUUGGACGCUUCAACCCCCACAGCCUAUGACGCCGCACAGAUCAAAUGCUGCAGAUCGACUCUAGGACCUCAACCCUUAUUACAGCAUUGGCUUCCCAACGCCCCAUAUUCCAUCACCAGUUUGCAGCCUCCAUUGUCAAGCUUGGAAAUAUUCAAGUCCUCACUGGUGAACAUGAAGAAUAUCAAUCUUUAA